AUGCCUGAAGGAGUGACGGGGGACUCUGUGAAGCCAGUAUCCAUCUUGACUAACCGGUCAAACUCCAAUACCAGCACUGUUUCCGAUGCUGGUGAAGGAAGAAAUGUAAGUUUAGGCAAGAUAGAAGAGAUUUCUGGACGCUGUGGACCAGCUAGACACCCAAAUUAUGAACCUGUGAACGGUCACGAUUAUGUGAAUCCCCAGAAGCUUAUUCAAAAGUUGCAGUUGGUGACUAAGUCUUCUGAGAAAGAAGGCGAAAGGGAUUCAGACAGAGAUGUACUUGGUGAGAGAAGAGAACAAGGAGGAUCACAUGGACCGUUAAGGACACCCUUGACUGCAACAUCAGUAUCAUUCACGGUUCCCGAGCAUCAGGAUAAAGUCAUUGCGCAUAGGCUUUCUAUUUCCACAAGACCCUCAUCGACCAAAUUGGGCACUCCAACCACAGUAGCCUCUUCUAGCGAAGCUCCUCCCACCAUCACACCAGUGAAUUCUAUCAGUUCCACAACUCGUGAACCGGACACGGGUCAUGUUACCAACACGUCAACGGCGGCUACUAAUACUGCCAAUACUUCUGGAGCUGGAUCAUCUCGUCAGAACUCUGUGCACAUACCUGGUGAUUUCAUCUAUUUCGAAGCUAAACCAAAUAACGGGACGCGCAACGGUGGUGAUGGCGCAGUGUCCCCUAAAAUGACAGGUGUCCUGGACCGUGAACUAUCACCCUCUGCCACGUCUCUUGAUUAUAAUGACCCCAUCGCUGCCGUCGCCGCCAAGAAGGCUACUACCAAGAAACGAAUCAGUGAAGAGGAACCACACGUUCCUUUUACCGAAUUGUUUCAAAAAGAGGAUGAUGAAAAAGUACAUAUUCUAAUAGGUGCAACGGGGUCUGUCGCCACCAUUAAGGUACCGAUGAUCAUCGAUAAAUUGUUCAAGAUAUAUGGGGAAGACAAAGUGUCGAUCCAGCUAGUACUUACGAAACACGCGGAACAUUUCUUGAAAGGUGCCAAGAUCAACAAAGAGGUCAAGAUAUGGAGAGAUGAAGACGAAUGGUAUGGGUUCAAAAGAAUGGGAGAUCCCGUAUUGCACACGGAACUUAGAAAAUGGGCUGAUAUCUUCGUAAUAGCUCCGCUAAGUGCGAAUACCUUGGCUAAACUAGCCAACGGUAUAUGUGAUAACUUAUUGACGUGUUUGCUACGAUCCUGGAAAUCGAACGUACCGGUGAUGCUCGCGCCAGCGAUGAACACAUUUAUGUAUAUUCAUCCUGUGACGAAAAAGCAUUUGAAAAUGUUACAAGAAGAUUAUCCAUAUAUAGAGGUGUUAAAACCGGUAGAGAAGGUUUUAGUAUGUGGUGACAUCGGAAUGGGAGGUAUGAGAGAAUGGAAUGAGAUUGUCGAAAUCAUUACGAAGAGACUUCAUCUAAUACUGGGAGAAACCAAGGAAGAUGAGGACCGUGAUGAAGAGGGACGUGAUGAGGACGAAGAUGAGGAUGAAGAUGAGGAUGAGGAUGAAGAUGAGGAUGAAGAUGAAGAUGAAGAUGAAGAUGAAGAUGAGGAUGAGGAUGAUGACGACGACGAUGAUCUUUACGAGGAAGAAACUAGAUCUCAGGAAGAUCAAACAUCCAAGAAAAGUAAAUGA